GCGGCGGGUGGCGUCUUCGGCCCGGGCCGACUCCGGCUCCGGCUCCAUCUUGGGCCGCUGCGCCGGGCACCUGUGGCGGCCGCAGGAGCAGCGCUUCCGCGGGCCUGCGCGGCUCCGGGCGGGCGAGUGGGCAUCAUGAGCACCAGCCGCCCUGGCCAGGGUGCCCGGCCACCCCAGAGUCCCUGCCCGCAGCCCCUGUCCCGGAGCUCUUCCAGUCUGUUGGAAGGCCAGGGGCAGAGACCAGAGCUCCGCAAGAGCGCCAGCAGCACUGUAUGGCAGGCCCAGCCAGGCGAGGCCAGCGCCAGUCCGCAGGUCCCGGAGGAAGAGGAGCACCACGCUGAGAGCACGGAGCAGACGCAGGCCUCCAGCCCCCGGCCCCGGCCCCGUGCUGUGGGCCACUGGCGGAGCAGCACUGUGGGCAAUGUGUCUACCGUGGGUGGUGGUGACCUGGGUCGCCUGAGGGCCCCCGGUGCUGCUGCCAUGCAGAGGAGCCACUCGGACCUGGUGCGCAGCACCCAGACCCGGGGCCACAGUGGUGCCCAUAAAGCCAGCCUCAGCUGCUCGGCCCUUGGCAGCUCACCGGUCCACAGGGCUCAGCUGCAGCCCAGUAGUACUUCUGGCCAGGGAGGCUGGGCCCCUGCAGGCCUAGAGAGGGACCUGGCUCCAGAGGAAGGGACUUUGAACUCAGCCUGGACACUGGGAGACAGUCAGGUGUGGAUGACGCCACUAGACCUGGGAGGGACAACCACCCACAGCAGCAGCCCCCAGGCUGGGCCCAAAGCCACUGGGCAGCCAGCCACGACCUCCUGCCAUGCCCUGUCCCCAGCAACUCUCCUCUGCAAUAUGAGAGAGGUGGGGACCGGUGGCUGCUGUCAUGCCCUGCCAGCCCCGGGGAUCCUGACCUUUCCCAAACUAGUGGCAUCGGUAAGUGAGUCUGGGCUGCAGGCUCAGCAUGGGGUGAGGUUCCAGUGCAGGUUGCCUGGGGGGCUCCCUGGGCAUUCCCACUGCUGUGCCCACCAUUGGGGUCCCACCAGGUUGGUCACGGAGCCUGGUACCAGGACCAAGGAUGUAUGGACCAUGACCUCAGCCAGUGACUUGGCCCCUGUGUUGGCAUCCUCUCUGUCAGCCCAGGAUGCUGGUGUACAGGCAGCCCCCAUGGCGGUUUGCAAGGCUGUGGCCACCAGCCCACCCCUGGAAGCCCCCGUGGCCUUGCACACAUUCCCGGAGGUAACUCUGGGGUCUGACCUGGAGGAGGCACCAUCCCCUGUGCGGGAUGUGCGAUGGGAUGCUGAGGGCAUGACCUGGGAGGUGUAUGGAGCUGCAGUGGACCCUGAGGUACUUGGCGUGGCCAUCCAGAAGCAUCUGGAGAUGCAGUUUGAGCAGCUGCAGCGGGCAUCCACCAGCGAGGACAGCCUGUCUGCGGAGGGCCGGAGGGGGCCUCUGCGUGCUGUCAUGCAGUCCUUGAGGCGCCCCAGCUGCUGCGGCUGCUCCAGUGCAGCUCCCGAGUGAGGAGCUGUGGCCCUCAGAGCUAUCCUGGGCCCGUGGACUCAGCCCCAGGCCAGGGACAGUGGGGGCCCCAGGCUCCUUGGACCUCCUGGCAGCCGUGGAUGUGUCUCUGCUGUUGGCUGACCGCAGGGCACAGGACUGCAGCCUGGGGACUUCCUGCUCCUUGCAGCUGGGCUGGUUUUUAAGGGCUUCAUUCCUGAGAGCCACAUCCCUGCACAUCCAGGCUCUGAACUUUGGGACAGACUUUCAGCACUGUGCAUAAGGGAGAUCCUGAUUUUUCUGUAAAAAUUCUCGAUGUUCUGUUUAGUGUCUCCUCAGAACUCUGCCGUGAUUUCCCCUGGGA